CCCGUGGUGUGACAGAAGGGAACUGGAUGAAGCGGAGCCCGUGACUGUGUUGUUAGCUAGAUGUAUAUGUGCGAGCUGAGUCUUACACGGACCGAGCCGGCUUCACCUCCACUGCAAUUCACGUCUGCAAGACCACUACGGAAUUAGGAAUAAAACUUGUCUUUUACAACAACAAAAAAAGGAGGAAAUGCAGCAGUUAGCUCCCUCUACAUAGAUCGCUACAGUAUACAACACUGACAGCUACAGAUCUGGUGGAAAUACGAGCCGACACUAGGACCCGAAAGCACAAGUGCAUCUCAUCUGGCGACUUCGUUGUCAAGCUCAAUUAUUGCCCGUCGCUGCUGGUGCUGCUGCAUGAUGUGUGUGCCCGUGUUCGCGUGUGUUUGCAAAACGCCGGUGCUGUUUGUUUCUCGGGAAUCCCAGCUGGCAGCGGCUGCUCCCGGCCCACAGCUACACUGAUGAGCCGCCAGCGGGGUCCCACAGCCGAGAUAUCCAACACCUUCAUACAAACGCCCAGCGUCCCUCCCCACACGCUUCCUCUCCCCGAGCACCUCACCCUGCACGAUAUUCCGGUUUAAACACACGGACAUGGCUUCUCUGAGCCUGUGACUUAUUUUUUUUCCCCCGCAAGAAGACCAUGGCGAGGAACGCUGCGGUGGAGCGGAAAAACCUCAUCACCGUCUGCAGGUUUUCUGUUAAGACUCUAAUUGAUCACUCCUGUUUUGAGACCAUUGAUGAUUCGUGUUCGGAAUUUACAAAUUUUGCAGCCAUUCUGGAACAAGUCUUGACACAUCGCCUCAAAGGUCAAGUAAAUUGGUUUGGUUUUGAAAGCCCUCGAAGCUUCUGGGACUUCAUACGUGUGGCCUGCAGCAAGGUACCCCAUAACUGCAUCAGCAGCAUUGAAAACAUGGAGAACGUAAGCUCGUCAAGGGCAAAGGGAAGAGCAUGGAUCCGAGUAGCACUCAUGGAAAAGCGUCUGUCCGAGUACAUCUCCACUUCUCUAAGGGACAUCAAAACAACCAGGAGAUAUUAUGAGGAUGGGGCCAUUGUGCUGGGGGAAGAAGCUAAUAUGCUUGCUGGAAUGUUGCUUGGACUCAAUGCUAUUGACUUCAGCUUCUGUUUAAAGGGUGAGAGUUUGGAUGGCAAUAGUCCUGCUGUUAUUGACUAUACCCCAUAUCUGAAGUUCACACAAAGCUCUGAGAGUAUUAGCAGUGAUGAAGAGGAGUUACGGACUCUAGGAAGUGGUAGUGAAGGCAGCACGCCCGAGAAUCUUGGUCCACAGUUUAUUACUGAUGAGCACAGCUGGUACAACAAGUGCAAACGAGUGGAGCAGAAAUUCAGACUGGCAUUGGAGCAGAAGGGCUAUUUGGAAGAGUUGGUACGUUUGCGAGAAGCGCAGCUUGCGGAGUCAGUAGCUCAAAACAAAAUUGUCCUACAGAGAAUGGAGGAGACGGACCUGAACCACAAACUGGAGAAAGAGCAACUGGAGUUUAUCAUCCUUGAACUGCAGGAUCAGCUAGCAGUUUUAAAAAAUAAUGAUUUGAGAUCGCGACAAGAAUUAACAGCACACCUUACGAAUCAGUGGCCUUCCCCAGGAGCAUUGGAUGCAGAUGCUGUUGCUUUAGAUACACUUCUGUACAGAAAGCAUUGUGGACAGUGGGAUGAGCACAGUUUUCAAAGCUUGGAGCAGCUCUCGGCAGAGAUCAGUCUUUCUUCAACAUCAUUAGAUCCAUUGCACUCACAGAAAGAGGGUGAGGGAAGACAUGAAAACUCAAAAAGUGAUGGGAAGGAGGACACGCCCUCGUUACUUGGACUCUGUGGAUCCCUGACCUCCAUGACAAGCUACAAAUCUCUUACAAGCUUGAAAUCCAGUGAAUGUCUUGCAAGUCCAAAUGCAGAGAUUAACAGCCCGGGGCUCACUCCAUUUUAGGAAUGGCAUCAUCUAAGACCGAGUGAACCUGGUAUCUUGGUAUGCACUAAAAUGACAUUGCAAUCAUUCAACGAAUCCUGAUAACUUGAGACUUUACUAAUCGGUUCAACAAGAUUUGUAGAAAAAUCAACUAAAAAUGCAUUGCUGCUGUUUUGUGAUAACGUAACCAUCUCUAAAUGAUUAUGGCCAUUUCAUGCAGUACUUUUACUUGAAUGCGUUUGCUUUGUUUGUUUCAGGUAUACAAAAUGUCAAAUCUACUGGUUGUCUUGUUUAUUUUCCCAAACUGCCUGCUUCAAGCUGUCUUUACUUCUGUAAAAGUGUUACUUGUCCACUGCUCAUGUCAUUUUUCAAAAGGCCCAAACAACUGGUUUAUGUACUUUUGGAUUGAAGGGUAUGUUCAAAUGUCAAAUUAAUUUCUUUACUUAAAAUAUCGUUACUUUUACUGGAAACGUUUAAGUGCAAUUAUUCUGUUUUUGUUCUUAAUUAAGUUUGCAGAUUUCUGGGUAUAUUUCAUUUGAUAAUGCACUUUAAUUUUAAAUAAUUUCCAUCUAGCUGCUUGCAUUCUAACUGCUUGGAUCAAAGCCAUUUUCCACUGAUGCAAGUGCAGAUGAUGUCUAAUUGUUGCUUUGAACUUGAUUAAAUUGAAAUUAGAUAUCUUUGACAUUAUGCCAGGGCUGAAUUUAUCAAUGUUAAUUUAAAAGUUUUAGAUGCCUACUUCAAAAGAAAGUACAUGGCAGCAAACACAUUUGAUGGUAUUCGUUUUUUUAAUGUAGCGGUCAGAUGAUGGUGUGUUCACAUUGUGACAGGAUCUGUCCAUUUAUUCACAUUGGGGAAAUCAGUACUGGUUUCCCCAAUCAAUCUUGCACUGGUUCUAAUGCCAUAUUUCAUAUUGUAAUUGUCUAAUUUCAGUGUAACAACAUCAGACACAUGCCGUUUCUGACACAUUCCCUUGCACCAUAGAAAGAAAAAGAACCUGAAUUUGGCUACCCCAUUAAUGGCAAUGUUCUGCAGCAAAUCAAAGCAAAUCACCAAUUAAACACAUUAGGAAUUGGCAGGUAGAAUUUGUUUUGAUCCAUUUAAACAUACAGUAUAGCAAAAAGAACAUUGUCAUAAAUGAAAGGUACACUGUUGCAAUUAAAAUUGUGUACCCCAGCUUAUUUGUUACCUGUAACCAGGAAUUAUCCUCAGAUUUUCAAUUUUAAAGUGAAAGUUCCACUGCAGUCUUUAACCCCAUUGCAUUUGCAAUAAUGUCAAUGUAUUUGACCUCACAUGUAUGUUCACUGUUGAUGUUUUAUUCUACAUGGCUUAAAAUCACAAUCAUUCCUCACUUUUACUUUGAACUGUUUACACACAAGACUAAUCACUGAAGCUUAUGGUGAACAUGAUCCUUUUGCUUAUUUUUAAAAUUGGCACUCUAUUUUUAAUGUUUACAUUUCAAUACAAUCUCUGUUUAUCAGUAGGCAUUUUAUUCUGUACUGAACUAGUAUUAAACUAGUAUUAAGCUGCUGGUAAUGUGUACAUAGUGCAUGAUAAGUUUUUCUUUUAGCACCAAUGUGCAUUCACAUAUUUACUUUGUUCAGUCUUAUCUAAAUGAGGAAAAGGCAAUGCCAAAAUUAUAUUCUUAAUUUUUGGCUUGAUAAGUUAUGUGAGUCUUAACAACUGCAUGUGUAAUAAAAGUGAACAAAAAUCUGCUGUUUGGUCUUUCCAUAGAAGUUGAUGACUCUUCUGACUUCAAGUGUAACGUGAAAAUUAUUCAUCCUUGAUUUCAUCAUCUUGAAAUAUGAACUAAUUGGCCUAGGCUUGGAAAUAAACAGUAAAUGAAUUACAUUUAUUGUUUAUUGGAGCUGCCCAUGAACAUUUGUGGGCUAUUUAACCAGGUGAUGGUGAAUAUGUGGAAUUUAUUGCCACAGAUGGCUGUGGAGGCCCUCUUUGGGUAUUUUUAACGUGGAAAUUGACAGAUACUUGAUUAGUAACGGUGUCAAAGGUUACGGGGGUAAAGCAGCAGAAUGAGGUUGAGAGGGAACGAUAGAUCACCCAUGAUUGAAUGGCAGAGUAGACUUGAUGCAUCAAAUGGCCUAAUUUUGCUCCUAUGAACAUGAACAUGAACAAAGAGAGGGAGGACUACCAUAGAAAAUAGGUGCAGGGGAAGGCCAUUCGGCCCUUCGAGCCAUUCAAUAUGAUCAUGGCUGAUCAUCCAACUCAGUAUCCUGUACCUGCCUUCUUCUCUCCAUACCCAGAGAAUUCCAGAGAUUCACCACUCUCUGUGUGAAAAAUGUUUUCCUCAUCUCAGUCCUAAAAGAUUUCUCCCUUAUCCUUAAACUGUGACCCCUUGUUCUGGACUUCCCCAACACCGGGAACAAUCUUCCUGCAUCUAGCCUGUCCAACCCCUUAAGAAUUUUGUAAAUUUCUAUAAGAUCCCCCCUCAAUCUUCUAAAUUCUAGCGAGUACAAGCCGAGUCUAUCCAGUCUUUCUUCAUAUGAAAGUCCUGACAUCCCAGGAAUCGGUCUGGUGAACCUUCUCUGUACUAUCUCUAUGGCAAGAAUGUCCUUCCUCAGAUUAGGAGACCAAAACUGUACGCAAAAUUCCAGGUGUGGUCUCACCAAGACCCUGUACAACUGCAGUAGAACCUCCCUGCUCAACUCAAAUCCUUUUGCUAUGAAUGCUAACAUACCAUUCGCUUUCUUCACUGCCUGCUGCACCUGCAUGACUACUUUCAAUGACUGGUGUACCAUGACACCCAGGUCUCGUUGCAUCUCCCCUUUUCCUAAUCGGCCACCAUUCAGAUAAUAGUCUACUUUCUUGUUUUUGCCACCAAAAUGGAUAACCUCACAUUUAUCCACAUUAUACUGCAUCUGCCAUGCAUUUGCC